AUGAGGCGACCCUCUCCUCUGCUCCUGCUCCUGAUCCCUGGUCUUGUUGCAGGCCUCUCCGUCGACACCGCGGAUAAGAAUGUCGCCAAAGCCGUAGCUUCCACCGACAAGUCUACAGACAAGUCCGCCGAUGCGCCCGUUGGCUCGGCCAAGAAGACACGAUACGGCACCGAACACGCACCCGUCGACGGCAAGGAUGGCAUGCCCCAUCAGGGUCCUUGGGUCGACAAGAGCGACGGCGACAAGAAGUCCGCCGACGCCGAUUCGAAGAAGGGCCUUCCUCCCUUGAAGGGACGCCCAUCGGACCCUACUGUUAUCGACGGACAGAAGAUUCCCGAGUCCAACGAUGGAGUCAUGGACGAUAAGACCCGUCAGAAGCCCAAGGAGGGCACCACCGGCACCGAAGGAGGUGUCAGCGAGAAGGACAAGGCGCGCAAGGCCGCGGAGGGAAGGACAGGCGGAAAGGUUGACACAAAGCCAGUAGCUCCGAAAGAGCAGCCUCCUCUGCCACACAGCGAGCAGGAGAAGGUUCUGAGCGACAAGACCGCCAACAAGGAUACUAUCAAGGACAAGGAACAUGAAGACCGCUACACGCCUGAGCACGUCGCCGGCCUUGAGAAACCCGCAGAUCUCCCCAACAAGCUCGACGACAAGCCCAACCCGAUCCCGAACUCGGCCCACAAGGAUCAUCUGGAUCUGCCGAAAUCUAAGGGCAAGUCUUCCACCUCUGCCGGUGAGGCCGAAGAGGGUGUGAUCCAGCCCUUCCACUCCUUCGUUCUGUCCUUGACCAUGAUUCUGGUCUCCGAGGUUGGCGACAAGACCUUCCUUGUUGCUGCCCUCAUGGCGAUGAAGCACGACCGUAUGGUGGUUUUCUCAGCUGCUUUUGGUGCUCUGCUGGUCAUGACCGUCCUUUCUGCCGUCCUCGGCCACGCGGUUCCGACUUUGAUUCCCAAGCACAUCACGAGCUUCCUCGCCGCUGCUCUGUUCUUCGUCUUUGGCGCAAAGAUGCUGCGUGAGGGUCUCGGCAUGGAUCCUAACGAGGGUGUCACGGCCGAGCUUCACGAGGUCGAGCGAGAGCUUGCUGAGAAGGAGAAGGAGGGCAAGCGUCGCGGCUCUGCCGUGUCCCCCUACGCUCUGGAGAUGGGCCUGAACGAUAGGAAGUCGAGAUCUAAGAGCCGGUUCCCCUCGCCUCCUCGCUCACCGUCUACCUCUCCCGCUCGAAGCCUGUCUCCGGGUCCUGGUGGCCUCCGGGGCUCCCUGCAGGGCUUGAACAACCUCCUCUCUCUUCUUCUCAGCCCUGCGUGGGUUCAGACGUUUGUCAUGACUUUCCUCGGCGAGUGGGGUGAUCGCAGCCAGAUCGCCACGAUCGCCAUGGCCGCCGGCCAGGAUUACUGGUGGGUCAUUCUCGGUGCCAUGGUCGGUCACUGCAUCUGCACUGGCGCUGCCGUUAUUGGUGGUCGUGCUAUCGCAGGUCGCGUCUCUCUGAAAGUUGUCACCGUUGGCGGCGCCGUUGCUUUCCUCAUUUUCGGCUUCAUCUACUUCAUCGAGGCCUUCUACGCAUGA